AUGUUUCAAAGCUUGAUAAUCCAGUCACUACUAUGCAAAAGAAUUGCCAUUAACUCAGAGAUUACAUAUAGUAGUGAUGCAGUAACAGUUACAGAUGUUCAAGAUUUAACAAUAUUAGAACAAUUUCGUCAAAAAUUAGUCAUCAAUAGUGAAGAUGUUGAUCUUCCUCUUAGAAGCGAAACCAAAAUGUUAGAGUAUUUCCAAUAUAUUGUUCUUAAUACUAAAAUUCAAGUUAUCCCGGCCAAAUGGUUUUCGGGUUUAACAAACAUUAUUCAAGUUACACUUCCUACUACGGUCACCGAGAUCGGAGAUAGUGCUUUCGCAAAUUCAUCAAUUCAAGUUAUUGAAAAUUUAAAUUUAGUAACAACAUUCAAACCAAAUUGCUUUUAUGGAUGCGCAAACAUUGAGAAACUGACUAUUAAUGCAAGCAUUAUACCAGACUACUUUGCAUAUCGUUGUACAUCAUUAAAAGAAAUCAACUUUGAAAAUGACAUUGGCCAAAUAGGAAAGUUUGCAUUUACAUACUAUUCUUCUUUGGCAUCAUUUAAUUUCGAUAAAUUAAUCAAGGAUUCAUCUGAAACAAACACUGGAUAUAUAGAUAAUUACGCAUUUGCUUAUUCAGGAAUCAAACAAGCAUCGUUUUUCAGAACUGGAGAACGUGCAUUUGCUUACACACCACUCGAAAAAUACGAAGUAAGGGAUCAAGGAACUAUCGGAAAGUAUGCAUUAGAAGGAACUCAAUUUAAGAAGGUUGAACUUACUUAUAGUUAUGGAAAUUCUUAUGCUUUUGCAAGAUGUCCAUUGCUUGAAGAGGCAACUUUGUAUAUAUUAGGUACUGAUAAAUAUAUUCCAACAGGUAUUUUCGAAAAUUGUAAAUCACUAAAGAGAGUUAUCGCCAAAAAUGCAACAAUGGUUCAUCAAAGGGCUUUCUAUGGUUGCACAUCACUUGAAUCUUUAGAAACAGAUCAACCACUUACUGAAAUUGAAGGGUCAGCAUUUGCAUACUGCUAUAAUCUAUCAUUAACAAUCGAUGGAAAUACAAAAGAAGUAUACGCAUAUGCAUUUCUUUAUUGUAAAAAAGUUAAGAUCUCUAACUACAAUAUUACAAGCGUUUAUUCUCAUGCAUUUUGUGGAUGCGAUUCAAUUACAUCACUAUACAUUAACACAACACUCAAUAAUUACGAAUUCUAUUGCUGCUAUAAUUUAACAUCUGUCGAAUUAGGCGAAGAAAUCAAGUCAAUUCCUGAAAGCUGCUUUGCAAAUUGUACAAAACUGCAAUCAGUUGUUAUUAAUAACAUCAUAUGGUCCAUGAGACUCGAUAAAUCUUGCUUCACCGGUUGCACAAACUUGACAAAUAUUAAAUUCGAAUACAUUGAUAGAGUUACAAUUUAUAUGUAUUGUCUUGAACACACAGGCCCAAUAGAAAACUUGAAACUAACUAAUUCAACAAUAAAUAGUUAUGCAUUUAGUCAUUCACAAAUCAAAUCAUUUACUUAUGGAGGGCCAUUUAUGCGAAUAGAUAAUGAUGCUUUCUAUAACUGUUCGAAUUUGGAAAAAGUCACAAUUCUUAAAGAUGCAAUUUACUUCAAUCCAUUAGCAUUUCCAUAUUGUGACAAAGUUAAAUUUGAAUUUGAACCUGGAAAUGAAAUCAUUCAGGAAAGAAAUGGACUUGUAACAAAAUUAGAAAUAGGUGAUGAGGAAAAUAAAACAUAUGUGAAUGCUGUUCUUCAAUCAUACAGCGAAACAACAUUCACCAUACCUGGGCAAUAUGCAGGCGCAUAUAAUGGUGCAUUUUAUUUUGCAGAAAAAGUCGAGAAAAUCAUAGUAGAUAAAAAAAUGCGAAAUCGAUUAGAUGCAUGCAGACAUGUUAAAGAAUUGGUUAUUAGUAUUGACAAUUAUUCAGAUCCAUUUAAUGUUUCUGCAUCAUUCUGUCAAAAUAGUAUAAAUCUCACGACUCUUAAAAUUGAAAAAGCAGUCACAUUAAUAGGAGAUUGGGCAUUCCGUAAUUGCGAAAAGCUCGAAAAUGUCACAUUACCAGAAAUUUGUGUUUUAGGAUCUAGUGUCUUCGAUGGUUGCACAAGCUUAAAGGAAAUAAAGGUACCUUUAUUUACAGAAGGUGGUAAUCAUCUCUUCUCUCGUUGCACAUCCCUUAAAAAAGUAGAAUUUCAUCCCCUCCAAACAAAAAUAACUGAAUAUAUGUUUUAUGGUUCCGGGCUUGAGACAUUUACAGUUCCAGAUUCAAUUACUUCCAUAGGUGAUUCUGCUUUCCUAUUUUGUAACAAUUUGAAAGAAUUCCACUUUGGAUCAGGGGUUUCUACAAUUAAUCCAAACUGGUUUAAAGCUAAUAAUGAUCGUUUUGACAGAAAUAUCAUUAAUAUUACAUUUUAUUUGCCAGCACAGUUUCAAGUAAACAAUUUCAAAUGGACUCAGGACUUUGGUUAUAUUGAUGUUAAAAUUGAUGAACAGAAUCCAUUCUACUAUACAAAAGAUCAUGCCAUCAUAGAUAAACAAACAAAUACAUUGCUAGCAACAUUUGGUGACAUUGGAAAGACAUAUUCAGUUCCAAAAGAUGUUGAAUUCAUUAACGAAAAUUCUAUAACAUCUUCAAAGGUUUUAAUCUAUCAAGAUGCAGAUAGAAAAGAUCUCAUAAAUGAUAAAUACCAAGGUAUAAUUUUGAAGAUUCCUGAAACAGUUAAAAAGUUCCUUAAACAACAACCAAAUCCAAAUAUGUACGGAACACCACUUUGCUAUAAAGGCAAAUACUAUCAAAACUUUUUCAAUACAUAUUAUAUGAAAACAACAAAGAAAUACAUUUAUCGUGAUGCUGGAGGACAACUCCUAGAUUACGAUUGCGAUUAUGAGUAUGAUGAAGAAAGACAUGUUAUCGGUUUGACAAAACCGGAAGUUGGACUUAUUGCUGGAUCAGUAGUUAUUGCAGUUUUGUUAAUUGCUGCUAUUUUCAUUUUCAUCCUCUUACCUCUUACCAAACUGCUAAUGAAAGCAGCAGAAGAUGAAGUUGCUCCAUAA